AUGAAUCAGCGCACUUAUUUGGGUACGACGUAUCUGGACAUUGCUAAAGGCGCGGUUGAGGUCUUUAUGAAGCUGCGCGCUCGAGACCCGGCUAGUAGAGGCGACAGGUACAUGCUAGUUACAUUCGAUGAUCCGCCGUAUGGAGUCAAGGCGGGGUGGAAGGAGAACCACGCCACGUUCAUGUGUGAGCUGAAGAACCUGCAGGCGUCUGGACUCACCACGCUGGGACACGCACUGCGCACCGCCUUCGACCUGCUCAACCUCAACCGCCUCGUGUCCGGCAUCGACAACUACGGACAGGGCCGUAACCCGUUCUUCCUGGAGCCGUCCAUCAUCAUCACAAUCACAGAUGGAAACAAGCUGACCCACAGCUCUGGCGUCCCGGACGAGUUGCACCUGCCCCUGAACUCCCCUCUGGCGGGCAGUGAGUUGACCAAAGAGCCUUUCCGAUGGGACCAGCGCCUGUUCGCUCUGGUGCUGCGGUUGCCGGGGGCAGCAGCUCCAGACUCUGAGCAGCUCGGGAGCGUGCCCAACGAUGACUCUGCCAUCACACAAAUGUGUGAAGUCACCGGAGGGCGCUCGUACUCUGUUCUCACUCAGAGAAUGUUGAACCAGUGUCUGGAGUCUCUGGUGCAGAAGGUUCAGAGUGGAGUCGUCAUUAACUUUGAGAAAACUGGACUUGAUCCACCUCCGCUCGGAGAAGAAAACUCUGUGGAAAGUAGAAAUGCGUCGUCCUUCGCUCCUCAGCCCUGGCACAGCUGCCACAAACUCAUCUACGUUCGACCAAACCCUAAAACUGGUGUCCCAGUGGGACACUGGCCCAUCCCUGAGUCCUUCUGGCCCGACCAGAACUCUCCGACUUUGCCUCCGCGCUCGGCUCACCCUGUGGUGCGCUUCUCGUGUGUGGACUGUGAGCCAAUGGUGAUCGACAAACUGCCCUUCGACAAAUAUGAGCUGGAGCCUUCGCCUCUGACACAAUUUGUCCUGGAGAGGAAGUCCCCACACAUGUGCUGGCAGGUUUUCGUGGGCAGCAGCAGUAAACAGAGCGACAUGGGACAUCCCUUUGGUUACCUCAAAGCCAGCACCACUCUUACCUGUGUCAACCUCUUCGUCAUGCCUUACAACUACCCCGUCCUGCUCCCUCUGCUGGAUGACCUUUUCAAAGUGCACAAAUUCAAGCCAAACUUAAAAUGGCGCCAGGCCUUUGAGUCGUACCUGAAGACCAUGCCUCCGUACUAUAUGCUGCCGUUGAAGAAGGCCAUGCGGAUGAUGGGAGCUCCAAACCUCAUCGCUGAUACCUUGGACUGUGGCCUGAGCUACAGCGUCAUCUCCUAUCUGAAGAAACUCAGUCAGCAGGCCAAGAUGGAGUCGGAUCGUCUGAUUGUGUCCGUGGGGAAGAAGGCUCCUCAGGAAACGGGGAUAAAAGUGAAGAACCACUCGAGCGCUCUUUCUCUGGCGCAUCGACGGGACUUUAAAGAGCUGCUGCAGGGAAUCACCGGAGAGGGCCCGCUCCGGAUCAGCGACAUCAACUUCAAGGAGUUCGCAGGAUUUCAGAUCGGAUUCUUGAAUAAGGAAGUGAAGCCACAGGCGUACAGAAAUGCUUACGACAUCCCGAGGAGGAAUCUUCUGGACCAACUCACCCGCAUGAGGUCCAACCUGCUCCGGACCUCACAGAAACUGAUCAGGGGCCAAGACGAAGACUACUUGCACAGUAUUCCCGUGGCUCAGAUGGGAAACUAUCAGGAAUAUUUGAAGAUGAUGCCAUCUCCACUCAGAGAAAUAGACCCAGACCAACCCAAGAGACUGCACACAUUUGGAAACCCGUUUAAACAGGACAAGAAGGGCAUGAUGAUCGACGAGGCGGACGAGUUUGUGGCCGGGCCGCAGAACAAAAAGAGAGUGAACUCCGGAGACUCGAUGUCGUCGUCAGUGAAGAGACGCAGGAGCAUGUCGCCGUUGCUACGGAGACCGCUCAGUCCAAUAGGAAACACCAACCACAUCAAAUCGGCGGCGCAGAACCACAGCAAACCGGCUCCAACGCAUAAAGACAACGGUACCAGCGUCCCUGAGAGCAACGGUGAGCUGGGCCCCGAGUGUGUGGAGGUCUGGACCAACGACUCAGACUCCAUUCAGGAAAACCAGGCUGCAGUUUGUCCUGAAGCCAAAGUGUCUGGACCUGGGAUCACAGAAGAGCAGCCGGAGGAGAAGCCUGAACAACCGGAGGAGCCCAUGGAGGAGGAGGAGGUGGAGGAGGCUGCAGAGGAGGUGUUCGAGGAACCGAUGAAGGUGGAGAAGUAUAACUGUGACAGACUGAGUCCUCAGAGCAACAGCGGGAGCUCAGAGGCCGAGGAGGACUCAGUGCAGACCGUAUACAUCCCCCCUUUGGACGGGACCCACGCAGAGCUCAGGACCAGGGUCAUCAAAGAGGUCCGCAAACCCGGGAGAAAUUAUGAAGCGAUCAUGCGGUUAUUGCACGAGGUCAAAGGCCCUGUCAACGUUCAGAAGUAUUUUCUCCUUCACGCCAUAAAAGAGGCUGCCAGGUUUAAGAAGCGGGUCCUGAUCCAGCGCCUGGAGCAGGUCCUGUCUGACUUGGAGGAUCCGCCGCCGCUGCCGUCGCCCUCUGCCCCCGCAUCCACUCUCCCAAACGAGGACAGCGGAAAAUCGUGA